AUGGAGAAACGCCACGUUGUCAGCAGGUUUACAAACGCCUUCGCGUUCACGCAGCUGUUUAACAUUCUGUGCGCUCCUUGGAACGGACUAAUACUGGACAGGCACAAAUUGAUGAGACGGGGUUUGAAUGCAGCCUCAGGCUCAGUAUCGUCACAGAGACUGGCCGACAUGCAGGCGACGGUCCUCUCUCUCGCCCUCACCGUCAUCCUCUCGGCCUUGUUCUCUCUCACCGCCGCCAUCCCGGUGCCGGAGGUUCAAUACCUGACGUUCAUUCUGUUCAUGAUCAUGCGAUCCUUCCUGUUCGGGGGGCUCACCGCGUUCAUCGCCAUUACGUUCCCUCCAUGCCACUUUGGGAAACUCUACGGGACAACACGGGCGGUGGCGGCCAUCGUUUCCCUGCUGCAAUAUCCUCUCUUCAUCAUCGUUAAUGGUCCCUUGCAGGGCGAUCCAUUGUACAUGAACAUCGCAUUUAUCGUUCUGGUAUCCCUGGCCUUUGUCCACCCAAUCAACGUCUACAUCUACUGCCAGCGGGCCAAGCAGCAGAGGGGAGUGUCAAACCGGGUAUAG